CUCAAGAAAUUGGUUGAGAAAAUGCCAAGAAUACAUUUCUGGAAAUUCUAGGUGCCUAGUGCUAAGUCCGCCCCUGAUUACAGUAGUUAUAUAAGUCCCUAUAUAAGUCUUUUUGUCUGCCUUCGUACAGUAAGGAGUUUGGUCAAGAAAACGAAACAAUAUCAGCAGAGAAAGUGAGAGACUAUGGACGGAGAGAAAAUGGCUGAGGUGGAGAUGAAAGAGAUCAUUCCAGCAGAAGUACCAGACAAUAAGGAUGCAGAGAAAGGCAACAUGGAAGGAACAAAAGCUGAUAAAAAGGCAGAAGAAAAAGAAAAAAAAGAAGAAGAAACUAAUGUAUACUGCAAACUGAACAAUCCAACAGAAGAUAUUUAUAAUGCUUCAACGUCUACUUCCACUCCUAAAUGCAAUGAAGAAGCUGAUAAAAAAGAAAAAGAAAAAAAAGAAGAAGAAACUAAUGUAUACUGCAAACUGAACAAUCCAACAGAAGAUAUUUAUAAUGCUUCAAUGUCUACUUUCACUCCCAAAUGCAAUGAAGAAGCUGAGAAAAAGACAGAAAAAAAAGAAAAAAAAGAAGAUAAUGUGUACUGCAAACUGAAGACUCCAACAGAAGAUAUUUAUAAUGCUUCAAUGGGUACCUCCACUCCCAAACACAGUGAAGCUAAAAAAGUGAAAGAAAAAGAAGAAGAUGAAGGAGGAGAAGAAACUAGUGUGUACUGCAAACUGAAGGAUCCAUCAGAAAAUGUUUAUAUGGCUGCGAUGUCCAGUUCCACUCCAAAACACAAUGACGAUGUUUGCAGGAAAGUUCAUCUGUACAAGAGGAUUUGUGCUGGUUUCAUUAUUCUCUCUUCACUCUUACUGGCUGUGAUUCUUGCUCUGGCUGUGAAAUUAAAUGAAGUUCAGUCCAGCCAGAAGUGUGCAGAUCUCUCUGCUGAAGUGCAGACAAUGCCUAAUUACCCCCUAAACCAAGGGUAUCGGUGCACUGUGUGUGAGAAGGGCUGGUUGAAGUUUGAGAACUCCUGCUACUUCAUAGCUAGGACUCGUCUAACCUGGCAGCAGAGCAGGGAGGACUGUCAGAAACGAGGCGGAGACCUGGCUGUCAUUGACAAUGAAGGAUUGCAGAAACGUCUAACUGAGAUAAGGAGCGUGCUAUACUGGAUUGGGCUCCAUUAUUCAGAAAAGCAGUGGAUGUGGAUUAACAAUACUGCACCAACCCAGAGCUACUGGGCCCGUGGCCAGCCACAACUAAACUCUCGAGGGUCCUGUGCACUGCUAAAGGCAGAGAGGUCACAAAUGAACAACUGGAUUUCAAACCGCUGUGGGGUGUUGUCACAGUACAUCUGCCAGAGAGAAUAAAAGUGGAGAAUAAAAUCAUAUUUUUACUCUUUUACAAAUGCAGUUCAUAAAUAGUAAAAAAAUACAGAAUCAGUACAUGAAACAAUCCUGUUCUGUGAUGCACAAUCAAGUAGACAUGCUAUGUAUUUUACAAGAUUGAGAAAAUGACAAAAGUGACUCUGUGCUUAUAUUACUUGUAAAUUGUAAUGCUUUUAACUGCACUGAUACUUUGCACUAUUUAAAUAACUUUGCAGAAUGUAUUUUAAAAUAUAUAUUAUAAAUAUAUACCUAUAUGUAUACUAUAUAAUAUAUACCUAUACUUUAAAGUAAGUAGCGAGAUAAUGAUGUUUUUAUAGUGAUUCAAUUAAAAAAAUUCCAUUUAGAAAACUUUCACCAUAAAGUAGUAUUCACUCAAUAAAAUAAAGAAUUGAAGUUGUACAGAACCACGU